UGGAAGUCGUGCCGGGAGCGUAAUGGAGACCGCGCGGGAGGGCGGCGGCAAGCGGGGCCCCCCUGUGAGGCUGCGGAAGCGGAAGCCGGGGCUGGAGAGGCCUGUCCCGGGGAGCGUCGCGGGGAGGGGCGUGGGUAUUUUCGGGGAAAGCAUUUAUCUGUGCUUGUUUACUGUCGUAUUCAGGCUACUGAACUGCUUUCUAGUCCAGACGAGCUUUGUCCCAGAUGAAUACUGGCAGUCACUUGAAGUGGCACAUCAUAUGGUUUUCAAUUAUGGCUAUUUGACCUGGGAAUGGGCAGAAGGUCUCCGGAGCCCCCUGUACCCUCUGCUCUUUGCAGGCAUCUACAAAGUGCUGGCUCUGCUGAGCAAGGAUGACGUCCUGCUGCUGAUCUGGCUCCCUAGAGUUGUCCAGGCUCUUCUGGCCGCACUUGCAGACGUGAAGUUGUACUCCUUUGUGAAGCGACUGGAUAAUACAGACACGGCCAGAUGGGUGUACUUCUGCCAGCUGAGUUCGUGGUUCACCUGGUACUGCUGCACCAGAACUCUCAGCAACACCAUGGAAACGGUUCUCACCACCUUUGCUCUUUGCUCCUACCCCGUGGAAGGCGCGAAGAUGGGGAGCAGCCGGGGCUGCCUGCUGCUGGUCGCACUUGCGUUUCUCGUCCGCCCGACGGCCCUCGUGCCCUGGGCUCCGUUGCUGCUGCGCCUCUUCUGGAAGGAGCCCCGGAAGCAGCACCUCCUCCUCUCUCACUGCGCCCCCGUGGGCCUGCUCGCCUUGGGGUCUUCGGCCAUCCUGGACAGAGUGUUUUUUGGCAAGUGGACUGUGGUUCCGCUGAACUUCCUGCAGUUCAACGUGCUGCACAACUUGGCCGCCUUCUAUGGCUCCCACCCCUGGCACUGGUACGUCAGCCAGGGCUUCCCGGCCGUCUUGGGCCCGCACCUCCCCUUCUUCGUUCACGGCUGCCUCCGAGCCCCAAAGAGGCACCGCUUCUUCCUGCUGGUGGUGCUGUGGACUGUGGCAGUGUACAGUGCUUUGAGCCACAAGGAAUUUCGGUUUCUGUCUCCACUGCUGCCGCUCUGCAUGGUCUUCUGUGGGCAUUCUUUGGCAACACUGACGAGGUGGCGGAAGCCGGCGGUCGCCUUCCUGCUGGUGUCCAACCUGCUGCCCGCCCUCUACAUGGGCCUGGUCCAUCAGCGUGGAGCCCUGGACGUCAUGGGCCACCUGCAGGGCCUCUGUGGCCCCUCCGCCCCGCCCCAGGCCUCCGUCUUCAUGCUGAUGCCCUGCCACUCCACGCCACACUACAGCCAUCUUCACUGUCCUCUUCCAAUGAGGUUCCUUCAGUGCCCCCCAGAUUUGACAGGAAGGACAGAUUACCUGGAUGAAGCUGACUUGUUCUACGCUGAUCCUCUCCGCUGGCUCCAAGAGGAAUUUGCUGGGAACUCAGCCGUGUUACCCUCCCACUUGGUCUUCUUCAGUGUCUUAGAGCAGGACAUAUCGCCAUUUCUCUUUUCAAAUGGCUAUGAAAAAACUGCCACCUUCUUUCACACCCACCUGCCUCAAGGACGAAUUGGGAGCUACAUUUAUGUCUACAAAAGGCAUCCGAAGCCUCUGUGAGGAUGGUCUCGGUCCAAAGAACUCAGACAGUGGGGUGGCCCAGCUGUGCUGCACAGGUCCUGCCCGGUCCCCGUGUUUCCUUCCUCCAGGUCGAGAGGAGCAAGUGUGCAGCGGAGGGCUCUGCCCAGGGGGCAAAAGGUCACGCAAGGUCUUGCCCUUGAACAAGGAGAUCCAGCUGCUGGACAUGCUGGCUUGUGGGGACUCCUCCCUUGGCCACUCCCAGGCACUGACUGCGCUUUGCACACCGACUUGCCCAUUGCCGCCUUGCCACCUCACAGCACCUCGUGAAUCCAGCCCAUGACGGACCGAGGUCUCAUCGCAACCUCUAAGUUGUACUACACACGACGUACCUUCGGGAGGUGCUGGAUAUAAUGGAGGCCGAUCCCUCGCUGGUUGCUGGGAGGGCUGUCUGAGAUAAAGGCUCCCCCCUGGAAUGCCGUGUGCAGACCCCUCUUCUCUGCUGCUGCUGCUGCUGCUGUCCGAGGGCAUCUCCACGUGUGGGUUCUGGUGUCCGUGGGACCCUAAAGGCAGGACUGUGUCCAUUAGUUAGGCUUUUAAGGCUGGGAUCAGCAUCCGCCCCCCCCACCCCCAGUUCUUUUAGUCUACCUUUAAAAAAGCACAAAACCCCCUCCGUGCCGUUGCUACUUUCCCUCCUUCCAACUUUGCCUCCUCUCCUCACUGCAUGGAAGGAGCAGCUCAGGAAGGGGGGAAAUCAGCAAGGCCUCCCAGCGGCCCGAAGGGCACUGGCCAUAGCAAGCAAGUUUUAGGCCUGUCAGCAGGAGCGGGGAGAGCUUUUCACCACGCAUGGGGGGACCCUAAAAUGCGCUCACGGAUCCUCACCUUUUUCAAUGAAAGCGUCUGCAGCCGCCUCAGUGGUGGCUAGAGCAUCCCUGAUUUGGCAGGAUGCUUUGUUUCAGGAACCUCCCUCAGAGCCAGUCAGGUUGUGCCACAUUCUUAAAAUUGCACAAGGCACAAGCCUUGAUUUCUGGCGCAUCUCUUGACUUCCUCCGUCUUGCAUCCGGAGCAGCUACAGCCUCAGCAAUGGGCCGCCUCAAUUUAUGGUUACAAUCCAGGCAGGUGGAUGCUGCUGUUUCCAAAACCAACCUUACUGCCGUUCCCUCCGAUGGGGAAAAGCUGUUUGGGGAGGUGGCCUUGAAAGGCAUUCUAGUGGAGUUACAGAUAACAAGACUCUUCCAGAAGGCACAGCUGCCCUCACGCGGAGCGACCCCCCCGGCCCUUCAGAUCACCUUUUGUAGGCAGAGACGGGCUUUCAGGCCCCAACGUCCCUAUUGGGGUAGAUCUAGAACACCCAGACAGCACUUGGGGGACGGAGCAUCCUUCAUUUCCCAGGCCAAGCAACAGGCAUGACGGGGGGGGGCACCCCUCUCACUGGCAUGCUUGGGAAGGCACCGCUUUUGACCUUUGGCUACUCACCACCGUAAAAGAGGGCUGCUCCAGAGUUGACCAGCCAUCCCUCCCACUCCAACCUCGCACCGCCAGCAAAAACACCAAGCCCUGCAUGGCGCAGUUCAACAUCUUCUUGCAAGAGGGGCCAUCGAGAGUGCGCAGGCAUCGACUCGAUAAUACUCAUGGUGCCAAGGGAGGGCGGUUCCCUUCAGGCGGUGUGGGACUGAACUCACCUGAACCGCUUUGUCUGCGAGUGCACAUUCUGUGUGGCAUCCCUUCCUGCUGUCUCGGAGGCCCGCCACCACCUGGACCGGCUCACAUCCUAGACCUCCAGGAGCAGAGGCGUAACUGAGGUAGGGCAGGCAGGGCACGUGCCCUGGGCGCCACUUGGGAGCGGGCGCAACAUUGCCAUGUCAGGUGGACCCCCCACCUCACCCCAACAAUUUUGUUUCGUUUGGGGCCCCAGUGCUCAGCUCCCGCCGGGCACCAUGCCGCAAGCCCAAGGACAGACCUCCUCCUCCACUUCGCCCAGCCCUACAGCCGCGGCACCAGCGGCGCCCCCCGAAAGCUCAGCUCCUGCCGGGCGCCGGGCUGUCUGCCCGAUGGACCUCCCGGCUCCUCCUCCAACUGGCGUGCCCCCCGCCCCCCCCCCCCACUCGCACAUGCGUAUCUCUCACAGUCGCACACGGCGAGUGCUGCAUUGCACGCUGAGGUGGCGAGAGAGGCGAGAGGCUGUGUUUGCUGCUCCAGGAGCCCGAGGAGGACGACGAUGACGAGGAGCCAGGAGGAGUGGGAACCUUGCUGGUUUCAACAGUAUCGACUUAAAUAAAGUUUGCAGACAGUGCAUCAAGAA